UUCAUUUUGUCACAUGCAAAUAUAUAACUAAAAAAUGGUUAGUGUGAAAGUUCGUCACGAGUCAUGGCCGCCACUGCACCCGCCAUCAAUUAACAACCUCAGCCAAAAUUGAAUGGUUUUUUUUUUCUUGAUUCCGUUCUGGAAUUUCACCGACGUAACAAACCUUAUCUCUCUCUCCAUCGAAAUGCCGGCGGGCAGUUUUUUCCGGCGAUGGCUAUUUCCGAGGGGUUUCAUGUUUCUGGUAUCUCUCUGUAUGGUUUUGCAGUCCAGUAGAGGUGAUGAUUUUCAACUACUUAUGCAGUUCAAGUCGUCCCUGAAAGAUGAAAGUUCGCGCGUGUUUGAUUCAUGGACGACUCGGAAUAGAUUGUGCAACUUCACGGGGAUAGUCUGUGAUUCUAACCGAAUGGUUAAGGAAAUCAGCCUUCCACAAGAAGAGCUGUCGGGGAUUGUUUCGUUUGAUUCGGUUUGCGGGCUUGAGUCUCUGGAGAAGCUCGAUCUCGGGGCGAAUUUCUUGUACGGGAGGGUUACUGAUCACUUGAGGAAUUGCAGCAGAUUGGAGUACCUGGACUUGAGCAACAACUCGUUUUCAGGGGAAUUUCCGGAUUUGUCUGUGUUGAAUCAGCUCAAGUUUUUGAAUCUCAAUGCGACUUCUCUUUCAGGUCGUUUCCCCUGGAAAUCGCUUGAGAAUAUGACGAGCCUAGGUUUCUUGAGUUUGGGAGAUAAUGUGUUCGAGAAAAGUCCAUUUCCCCUGGAGGUUCUGAAGCUGGAGAAGUUGUAUUGGCUUUACCUGACAAAUGCUAGCAUUGAGGGCGAAAUUCCAGAGGGAAUUGGGAAUUUAACUCUGCUUGAGAAUCUUCAGAUUUCGCAGAAUUCUUAUCUGUCUGGAAAAAUCCCUGAUGGAAUCACGAAACUUACCAGGCUUUGGGAGCUUGAGCUGCAUGAGAAUCAGCUCACAGGGAAGAUACCAGUGGGGUUUGGGAAUCUCACUAACCUUGUCUACUUUGAUGCUUCAGCCAACUAUAUUGAAGGUGAUAUCUCUGAGCUCAAAUCCUUAACCCAACUUCAAUCCUUUCAGAUGUAUGGGAACAAUUUAUCAGGUGAAAUUCCAGUUGAGUUUGGAGAGUUUAAAUCCCUUGUUGAACUCUCACUUUAUAGAAACAGAUUCACUGGCACAGUUCCUCAGAAGAUUGGGUCUUGGGCACCUUUUCAAUUCAUUGAUAUUUCUGAGAAUUUUUUCACUGGUCCCAUACCCCCUGACAUGUGCAAGCAGGGCCAGCUGACUGAUCUUUUAGUGCUUCAGAACAAGUUCACAGGUGGGAUUCCUGGAAAUUAUGCAGGCUGUUCGACAUUGGUACGUUUAAGGGCGAACAACAAUUCACUUUCAGGCACAGUCCCAGUAGGAAUUUGGAGUCUGCCAAGUUUAGAGAUCAUUGAUCUCAGAUUGAAUCAAUUUGAAGGCCCUAUUGCCUCGGGUAUUGGAGAAGCUAAAUCUUUAGCACAGGUGUUUCUGGCAAAUAAUAGGUUCAAUGGUCCAUUGCCAGAGAGAUUAUCAGAGGCUUCUUCACUGGUUUCAAUCAAUCUGAGCUCAAAUAACUUCUCUGGUGGAAUCCCAGAGAAUAUAGGUGAACUCAAGAAGCUAAAUAGUCUUAUUCUCGACCACAACUUGUUUUCUGGCAACAUUCCUGUUUCAAUAGGGUCAUGUGUUUCCUUAAAUGAAAUAAACCUUGCUGGAAAUUCCCUUUCUGGGGAAAUUCCAGCCAGUAUUGGCUCUUUGACUAGCCUGAACUCUCUGAAUCUCUCUGAUAACCAGCUUUCUGGUGAGAUCCCAGUAGCCCUUUCGUCAUUGAGGCUUAGCCUUCUUGAUUUCUCCAACAAUAGACUGACAGGCCACAUACCAAGCUCUUUGUCAAUGGUGGCAUUCAAUGGAAGCUUUUCUGGAAAUCCUGGGCUCUGCAGUGAAGACACCAGAAGUGGUGUCAGGCCAUGUUCAUCCCAUUCUAGCAGGUCGAAAGGGCACAGAACAGUCAUAAUUUGCUUGCUGGUUGGAAUAGUUGUUCUGAUCAUUCUGGGAGCUUGUUUUGUGUUCACCAAAUCUAAACACAAAAAUCAGCAAAUCCCAGCAAGGAAAAGUGAUUCUUGGAAUAUAAAACAGUUCCACAUCUUGAGCUUCAGUGAGGAUCAAGUAGUCAAGGCAUUAAAGCAAGAAAAUUUGAUUGGAAAAGGUGGGUCAGGAAAUGUCUACAAGAUUGUCCUUGACAAUGGGAAACAACUAGCAGUCAAGCACAUCUGGAAAUCAGAAAAUCCCGGCGCCGAUCACAGGCGUUCUCUCAGCAGCUCCCCCAUGCUCUCAGUCAGGAAAGACCGGCGGUCAAAGGAGUAUGAUGCAGAGGUGGCUGCCCUGAGCUCAAUCCGGCACGUGAACGUGGUGAAACUCUACUGCAGCAUCACGAGCGAGGACUCGAAUCUUCUUGUUUAUGAAUAUUUGCCUAAUGGAAGCUUAUGGGACCGUCUGCAUUCCAGCAAUAAAACCAAGAUGGAUUGGUUGGUGAGAUAUGAGAUCGCGUUAGGCGCUGCCCGUGGCCUGGAAUAUUUGCACCACGGGUGCGACCACGCCAUGAUCCACCGAGAUGUCAAGUCUUGCAAUAUUCUCUUGGACGAGAAAAUGAAGCCUAAGAUUGCAGAUUUCGGACUGGCGAAGAUUUUGGAGGCCUCCAUAGCCUCUAUUGACACUUCAUGUGUCAUAGCAGGAACACAUGGUUAUAUUGCGCCAGAAUACGCUUACACAAGCAAAGUGAACGAGAAAAGCGACGUGUACAGCUUUGGAGUGGUGUUGAUGGAGCUGGUGACGGGGAAGAAGCCGGUGGAGCCAGAAUUUGGGGAGAACAAUAAUAUAGCUCAGUGGGUAUGUAGCAGGCUGAUGGGAAACAAAGAGAGCAUGAUGGACAUGGUGGAUUCCAGCUUUUCAGUAGGGUUCAAAGAAGAUGCUGUCAAGGUUCUGAAGAUUGCAAUGCAUUGUACUGCUAGGCUGCCAUCACUGAGACCUUCCAUGAGGAUGGUAGUCCAGAUGCUGGAAGAUGCUGACCCCUGUAAGCUCACAGGCAUAGUUGUGAACUCUGAGGAUGAUAAUGAGAAAUUCUGAGGCCAAAUCUUGAAGUUCUGGAUGUUCAAACUAGGGUUCAUUGAACUGGGAAAUCAAGAGUUAGCAGCUAUGUUGCAACAAUUUUCCCCAGUGAUAAUAGGAACCUCAGUCCUAUGAUUUUGGGUGCCGGAGCCAAUAGUUUUGGUCCAACCUUAUAUAAAAUGCUCUUUUGAAGUGCUAUUAGAUAUCUUAAGUUAAGAUUCUAUUUUCUAGAAGUGAAUGGAAUGUAAUUCUAAAAUGCAUUUUGUCCCAUUCACAUAGCUUUGUAUAUAAAUUUUAUAUUUAUGUAGUGUGUAUUAGAGCAUCCAAUGCAACUUUUUAUGAUUUUUUUUAAAUGAUGAGAAAAAUUCGUAAUCAUA